GCUUAUUGCCAUGGGUUCAGCAGCAUUUGUUGUCUCAAUCUAUCAUGUCAUAGCCAUUUGGUUUUGCCAUCAAAGAACAACCACCACAAUUCAAAAUUCACCGCGGCACGGUGCUGCGAGGCUCGACGAAAGCACGUCCGUAUCAGUGGCAGACUUAAUUCCAACACAUAAGUAUCACAACAGAGGUAAAGUUGACCAAGUUUCAGAUGAUGAAGGUGGCACGUGUGCCGUGUGUUUGGGAGAUUUUGAGGAGGGUGAAGAGUUGAAAAGUAUGCCUGAGUGCUUGCAUUCUUUUCAUGUACCGUGUAUUGACAUGUGGCUUAAUUCGCAUUCGAGUUGCCCCAUUUGUCGCGCUAGUGCCGCCCCUUCGCCGGCAAUGAAUAUUGAACAUCAACACAUGAUUGAUAUGAGACAUAUGGCUCCAAUUGCUAUCAUGUAA